AUGCGAAAAUGUUUCUUGACCAUUUUAACACUUCUGUUUUUUUUGUUUCUGCACUGUAAACCCCCACAAUUACUCUUUCUGUGCACCCUCUUUGACUGUCAGCAGGAGCUUGAUCAAACUCAACCACUGAAGCAGCUGGAAGAUCAAAAAAGGGGUGAAGCACUCAGGCAGAUUUUGGUGAACCGAUAUUAUGGAAACUUUCGGCCGUCUGGGAGACGCGACAGCCUCACAAGUUACAGUAAUGGGCCUCUGUCACCUGGGGGAGCUGGUAAAUCUUCUGUAGCAGGAUCAGUUGGUGGAAGUGGAACAACCAAUCGAAGUGAGAUGAGUCUGGCAGAAGUUCAGUGCCACCUGGAUAAAGAAGGAGCUUCAGACCUGGUCAUUGAUCUAAUUAUGAAUGCAGCUAGUGACAGAGUGUUUCAGGAAAGCAUUUUGUUAGCAAUUGCGCUGUUGGAAGGUGGCAACACUGCAAUACAGCGUUCAUUUUUCUGUCGGCUUACAGAGGAUCGGAAGUCUGAAAAGUUUUUUAAAGUGUUCUAUGAUCGCAUGAAGCUGGCUCAACAGGAAAUUAAGGCCACGGUCACAGUCAACACUAGUGACCUGGGCAACAAAAAGAAAGACGACGACUCAUCUGACAGAGAUGUGCCAAUUCGGAAGAAAGCUAAAGAUUCAUCUGUUCAGAUAACAGAAGAAGUGAGAGAUCAGCUGCUGGAAGCUUCCUCAGCCACCAAGAAAGCCUACAACACUUACCGCAGGGAGGCAGACCCUGAGGAGCACUUUGCAUCUGGGGAGUGUCAAUCAAGCGUAGGAGACAAGAACAAAGAUGAUGGGGAGAUGAGUGUCAUUAUAGCGAUCAUGCAGCCCAUCCUGCGAUUCCUGCAGCUGCUGUGUGAGAAUCACAACCGAGAUCUGCAGAAUUUUCUCAGAUGUCAGAAUAACAAAACCAAUUAUAACCUGGUAUGUGAGACUCUACAGUUCCUGGACUGUAUUUGUGGAAGCACUACUGGAGGCUUGGGUCUACUUGGUCUAUACAUCAAUGAGAAGAAUGUGGCACUUAUCAACCAGACCCUUGAGAGCUUGACAGAGUACUGCCAGGGGCCCUGUCAUGAGAACCAGAACUGCAUUGCAACUCAUGAAUCCAAUGGCAUUGACAUCAUUAUUGCCCUCAUUCUUAAUGAUAUCAAUCCCCUGGGAAAGAAGAGAAUGGACCUGGUGCUGGAGCUCAAGAACAAUGCCUCAAAACUGCUGCUAGCAAUCAUGGAGAGCCGGCAUGACAGUGAAAACGCAGAGAGGAUUCUUUACAACAUGCGACCAAAGGAACUGGUGGAGGUAAUAAAGAAAGCCUACCUGCAAGGUGAAGUGGAGUAUGAGGACAGUGAAGACAAAGAGAAUGGGGAGGACCAUGCUGCAUCACCCAGGAAUGUCGGGCACAACAUUUACAUUCUAGCACAUCAGUUGGCCCGUCACAAUAAGGAGCUUCAGCAUAUAUUGAAGCCGGGAGGACACAACGGAGAAGGGGAUGAAGCCCUGGAGUUCUAUGCAAAGCAUACGGCUCAGAUUGAGAUUGUGAGGCAAGACCGCACCAUGGAGCAGAUCGUCUUUCCAGUACCCAACAUUUGUGAAUUUUUGACCAAAGAGUCGAAGUUAAGAGUAUACUACACAACUGAGCGGGAUGAGCAAGGGAGCAAAAUCAAUGACUUCUUCCUGCGCUCAGAAGACCUCUUCAAUGAGAUGAACUGGCAGAAGAAACUGAGAGCUCAGCCGGUGCUCUACUGGUGUUCUCGCAACAUGUCUUUCUGGAGCAGCAUCUCCUUCAAUCUAGCAGUGCUGAUGAAUCUUCUGGUUGCUUUCUUCUACCCUCUAGGAGGAAUCCGAGGAGGCACUCUGGAGCCUCAUUUAUCAGCUCUCCUUUGGACUGCAGUGCUGGUAUCUUUGGCUAUAGUCAUUGCUCUUCCUCAGCCUCACGGUAUCAGGACUUUGAUAGCUUCCACAAUAUUGCGACUUAUAUUCUCAGCUGGACUGGAGCCCACCCUGUUUCUGCUGGGAGCUUUUAAUGUCUGCAAUAAAAUAAUCUUCCUGAUGAGCUUUGUUGGGAAUCGAGGCACUUUCACACGAGGUUACAGAGCUAUGAUUUUGGAUAUGGAGUUCCUGUAUCAUCUUCUGUAUCUGAUCAUCUGCAGCUUUGGGGUCUUUGUGCACGUGUUCUUCUACAGUUUGCUGCUUUUUGACUUGGUUUACAGAGAGGAGACACUACUAAAUGUAAUUAAGAGCGUCACUCGCAAUGGCCGCUCCAUUAUCCUAACUGCAGUCCUUGCUCUCAUCCUAGUCUACCUCUUCUCGAUUGUUGGUUACAUAUUCUUUAAAGAUGAUUUCAUCCUAGUAGUGGACAGGAUACCAAACAAAACACUAGAAGCUGGUGCCAGCAUGGCUGGUGAGUUUGUCUCUUCCAGUGUGUGCCAUUUGGAAAACAAUGAAAACUGCUCAACCAAGCUAGCUGAAGGUUUACAAAUGAAAGUGCAAGAUGAUGAAAGUAAGGAGCACACUUGUGAGUCUUUGCUGAUGUGCAUCGUUACUGUUUUGAUCCAUGGACUCCGGAGUGGAGGAGGCGUUGGUGAUGUUCUACGGAGGCCUUCCAAAGAGGAACCACUGUUUGCUGCUCGUGUCAUCUAUGACCUGCUGUUCUUCUUCAUGGUCAUUAUCAUUGUCCUCAAUCUCAUUUUUGGAGUCAUCAUUGACACGUUUGCUGAUCUGAGGAGUGAGAAGCAAAAGAAGGAAGAAGUGCUGAAAACCACUUGUUUCAUUUGUGGUCUAGAAAGGGACAAGUUUGACAACAAGACGGUGACAUUCGAAGAGCACAUCAAAGAAGAGCACAAUAUGUGGCACUACCUCUGCUUCAUUGUCCUAGUAAAGGUGAAAGACUCAACAGAGUAUACAGGACCUGAAAGCUACGUGGCCGAAAUGAUAAAGGAGCACAACCUGGAUUGGUUCCCACGGAUGCGUGCCAUGUCGCUAGUAAGCAGCGAUGCUGAAGGGGAACAAAAUGAAAUCCGCAACCUCCAAGAGAAGCUCGAGUCGACAAUGAAGCUGGUUUGCAACCUGUCUGGACAGCUGAAUGAGCUCAAAGAACAGAUGACUGAGCAGAGAAAGCAGAAGCAAAGAAUUGGACUGCUUGGUCACCCGCCCCACAUGAACGUGAACCCGCAGCAGCCUGCCUGAGUGUCCUGUGCCCAGCUUGGGCAAUCACAGUUUGCCAAACCCCAGUGAUUGGGUGGAUCUGCCCACCAACAUCCCCCCCAGACCCCUUGACAAGUCUCCACAUGGAAGAGCGUAUCCCAGCCCACCAACCCUUCAUUCCCACUUUAUAUAACUGUGCCAAUUUUCAGGGAAGAGGAGCGCCUUUACUGGAUGAACUUGAGGAUUAGGACCAUACUGGACGAUGAAACAAAUAAAAGGCAACAGGAAAGACUUAGAGGACUACCAGUAUUUAACGUUUCAUUUUUGUAUGUUGUGCAAUAUGAAUUCAAUUUUAUGCAACUAUCACAGUGUGCAACUUGUGAAUUAUGUCUUAAAGGGAUGAUGGGUAAGGGGGGUGUCGUGUAAAGGUAAAUAACGGUCACUUGGAAGCACACUUUAACCACUGAAUUCUUUCAGGAGUUUACGUUCUUUCCAGCUGGUAGCACAGCUAGUGGUGCCAGUCCUUGCGCUGUAACAGCCAGUGUUGCGUCUCGGCCAGAGUCGUCAUUUGGGUUUGUGUACCCCUGCAUAUGCCUCAUAAGAGUAUCGUGAAGUACUGUAUUAUGCUGCAUUUGUGGGCCUCAAUGACCGAUUCCUCGCUCUUGGAUUUGGGAGCUGUAUGGCCAGCAUUUUUGCCAGCUUCUCUCUAGGAAAUGCCUCCGCUUUCUGUUAAGAGACUUCCUGCCACUGCUGUGGGUCCAUUCAGCACCUUUUAAGAUGUGCACGAGGGCACCGAUUAGCUACCUGAGAAGAAAGAGAACCCCUUGGUCAGCCCGUGUAUCGUCUCUAUGCUGCUUUAAUGGAUGAUGGCUUCCACCACUCCCAGAUGCCAGCUUUGUCAAGCAAGUGGAUUUACUGAUAUUUUGUACGUUUUGUCUGCUGAGCCUUGUACUCUUUGUAUAGCACACUUGUACUAAAGGAAAUUUUAAUUAACUGUGGGGGUGGGAAAUGUACACUGAGUAUUAAUAUAAAAAAAGGACUUGUUAAAGUUGUAAAUUCAUCGCAAGUUAUUUAAUAAAGUUUAUGAAGCAACAUUUAAUCUC